GCGUGGGGCGGCCAAUAGUGGGGGUGGCUGCGUGGGUCGCCAUGGGGACGGGGCUGUUCCCGGGGAGGCUGUGAUGGGUUGACAGGUGCGUGACAGUGGGAGCUGCUCUCGGCACAAGCAUGUACGGCAAAGGCAAGAGUAACAGCAGCGCCGUCCCGUCCGACAGCCAGGCUCGGGAGAAGUUAGCACUCUAUGUAUAUGAAUAUCUGCUCCAUGUAGGAGCUCAGAAAUCGGCCCAAACAUUUUUAUCAGAGAUAAGAUGGGAAAAAAACAUCACAUUGGGAGAACCGCCAGGAUUUUUACAUUCAUGGUGGUGUGUAUUUUGGGAUCUCUACUGUGCAGCUCCAGAGAGACGGGAAACAUGUGAACACUCAAGCGAAGCAAAAGCGUUCCAUGAUUAUAGUGCUGCUGCAGCUCCCAGCCCAGUGCUAGGAAACAUUCCCCCAGGAGAUGGCAUGCCAGUAGGUCCUGUACCACCAGGGUUCUUUCAGCCUUUUAUGUCACCUCGGUACCCCGGCGGUCCAAGGCCCCCAUUGAGGAUACCUAAUCAGGCACUUGGAGGUGUCCCAGGAAGUCAGCCAUUACUCCCCAGUGGAAUGGACCCAACUCGACAACAAGGACAUCCAAAUAUGGGUGGGCCAAUGCAGAGAAUGACUCCUCCAAGAGGAAUGGUGCCCUUAGGACCUCAGUCUGACCCUUGGUUAUCAUUACAGAACUAUGGAGGUGCAAUGAGACCCCCACUGAAUGCUUUAGGUGGCCCUGGAAUGCCUGGAAUGAACAUGGGUCCAGGUGGUGGUAGACCUUGGCCAAACCCAACAAAUGCCAAUUCAAUACCAUACUCCUCAGCAUCUCCUGGGAAUUAUGUAGGUCCUCCAGGAGGUGGAGGGCCACCAGGAACACCCAUCAUGCCUAGUCCAGCAGAUUCAACCAACUCUGGAGAUAAUAUGUAUACUUUAAUGAAUGCAGUACCUCCUGGACCUAAUAGACCUAAUUUUCCAAUGGGCCCUGGAUCAGAUGGCCCCAUGGGUGGAUUAGGAGGGAUGGAGUCACAUCACAUGAAUGGCUCUUUAGGCUCAGGAGAUAUGGACAGUAUUUCCAAGAAUUCUCCCAAUAAUAUGAGCCUGAGUAAUCAGCCGGGCACUCCAAGGGAUGAUGGCGAAAUGGGGGGAAAUUUCUUAAAUCCUUUUCAGAGUGAGAGUUACUCCCCCAGCAUGACAAUGAGUGUGUGAUCCAUUACCAAGUCUCCUCAUGAAAACCACAGUGAGUCGGCCCUUCACAGAACUACUACGGAAGAAAAUUACUCAUCGCAGUGUACAGUUCAACAAAGGAAUCUCAGUCACACCAAACCAACCUUUUGAUUUCCUGCUCUCUCCCCUAUUUUGUGAAGAAAGCGGGUCCAAACGUGAUUCAAACAACUGUACGGAGUGGCAUAUUAGGAUUGCCCUAAAC